ACAGUGGUAUAAAGACCCAGUCAGGCGGCGACAAGCGAGUUGCAGGCGAGAGAACGCGUUUUUAAUACUAGGCACCGCGACUUGGGGUCUUCAUCCGUGACCCGAACUAGCUGAAACCAACACGAUGGCUACAAAUGCCGAGAAACUGCAGCUUGUUCAGAGCGACCUGCGCAAGAAUGCUGAUGAUCGGCGGAAGCUUCGGGACGUAAUUCUCGGGAUGGAGACGGAGAAAGCGGACUGCAAGCGCCUGUGGGAAGAGAUGGCGUCGCUCAACGUCGACAGGGACCAUCUCCUGGAGAAGAAGAAGAAGCUGGAGGCGGCCGCAGACGGCGCGCCGAGCACCAUCGCGGUGCCGGACGCGGACCGCCGGACGUGCGACCAGCAGGCGGCAGCGCAUUCGUCGCCCGCCCCUCUGCGUAAGUCGGCCGUGUGGUGGCCUGCCUCGUGGUGGCAGUCCGUGGCACCGCUAUGGCAAGUGCGAGGAGAUGCGGAGGGCAGCUUGUGGCAGCGGCAGCAGCAGGAGGACCCAACCGCCGCGGCGCCCACCAUGCCUGCAAGCGGCUUCGGAAUGUACUGCGUAGGGCUGCUGCUCCGGCUGCUGCGCGCGUUCCAGGCCAGCCCGACAUGCAAGGAGUUCGUGGAGCUGCCGGCGUGGUCACGGCUGGACGCGUGUAGCGCGCAGCUGGGCGCAUCGCCGCUCCUGCUGCUAAUGCACCUGGCUGCAGGACUGCGGGAGGUCAAGGGGGCGCAGGCCACGUACAAGAAGGCCAGCACGCGGCACAUGGAAUGGGCCGCGGAGAUUCUCGCAGGCCUUGAGGCACGCCGCGAUCAGCUGGGGGCGCAGGUGCAGCAACUGACGCAGGCGCAGCCGUUGACGCGAGAGGACACGCAGCGGCUUGCGUCCUUGCGCCGGGAACUGCAUCGCGCACGUCCGUUCACGCUGACCCCCAGCCCCUCCUUCGCGCCGAUCUAUGUGCCCCUUGACAACACGUCCAUGGCCCGCCUUCCUGGGCUGCUGCCCACCCUGGCAAGGCGCCAUGGCGAGGUCUUCGCCGGUGCAGGCGCGGGCGCCGUGGCACCCUCCUCGUUUGUCCAGGCCGCGUUUGGCGGCGGGGGCAUGCAGUCGUCUGCCACGCUGAACGCCGUCGGCUGGGGCCUGUUCCAGCUCGGGGGUGUGACCUCCCGCAACGCCCCCUUCGCUAACUACAUCACCACGGACGGGGUGGCCUGCAGCGUGGCGCGAGAAGCGCACAACAAGCCGCUGGCCAACUUGAAGCCGGCGACCGCGCCCGCCGAUGCGGAGGAGCUGCUGUGCACCCUGGAGGAGAUGAAGGCCACGCAGAUCAUUGGUGUGGACGCGUGCGGGGGAGGGAAUUGGUUCAUGGCAGCACGGUCUCCGCUGUACCAGCCAGGGCCCUGGGCUUGGGAGGGUGUCAGGGAGGGUGUCAGCCCUGCCCAGCGCUUCCUGCUCGAGCUGCACGACAAGCAGCUGGAUGAGGAGUUGUUCCCUGGGCAGCUGCCGCCGGAGCCGCGUCGCAGGCGCAAGGGCGCGUACGUUGGCGGCAUCCCCACGGCGGCGACCGCGUCGGCGGCCCGGUUUGAAGAGCGCCUGCGCUACCUCUUCGCCAGUGGGGCGGCAGGGCAGGCGGCGGGGCAGGAGGCGGGGCAGGCGGAGGCGGCGGGGCCGGCAGAGACGGGGCCCCGGGGCGCGGUGCACGUGCUGUGGCACUACCACUUCUCCGCCUUCCGCCGAAAGCGCUGGGCUGCGUUCAUCCAGCGCGACCGCGCGCUCCACCGCGUCGCCAAGCAGCUCACGGGCGGCAGGCCCAAGGAGGAGGUGGUGGUGGGGUGGGGUUCGUGGGCCUUCCAGGGAGGGAAGGGCGGCUCCCCCAUCUCCGUCAGGGGCGGGCGCGCGCCGACGGGGCGGCUCAUCAAGCUGCUCCGUGAGCGCUACGCCAAGCAUGUGUUCAUCAUCGAUGAAUACAAGACCUCCAAGACCUGCUACAACUGCGGGUGUCAGGAGAUGGCCAUCAAGCGGCUUGGGGGGCUGAAGGAGGGGCAGCGGCCCUGGUCGGUCAAAGUCUGCAACGACUGCUUGACGACCUGGAACCGCGACGUCUCCGCCGCCAACGUGAUCCGUGUGCUCCUCCUGCUAAAGCUGAUGGGCUUCGAGCGGCCGACCAAGCUGCAGCGGUCGCCAUGGCCGGCGGCGGCGGCGGGGCCGGGCUGAGAGCCUGAACGGCGCUAGCAGGGCGUGGGGCUGAGGGUGCACGUGUCGAUUGGCGGCGAGUGACGUGACUAGUUUGUUAGCUGCGGGUUAGCACGGACUGUGCACCCCACCCAACCGGCCACGUCCGGAUUUGCGGGGAUGCCAAAGGCCCCCAACAUAGAGGCGUGUGCUUAGUAGGCGCCCGCGUCAAGGUGGCUGGGUUGAUAACGACCCGGGAGGGGAGGGCUCAGCCCUUUUCCUGCCUCCCUAAGGCAGCCACCUCCUUGUUCAAGUAGUUGAGUUGUAAAGGAGCAUGUAAUUGUAUGGACAG